GGCCAGGUUGGAGAAACAGGGUCAUAAGAGAGGAUAGCAAACAGCAACAUGGUGAUGUCUGUGUUGUUGAACUUCAUGUUCCCACCGCCAGCUUCAUUGGUGGUUUCGGGCAUGACAGUGAUAAGCUUCAUGAUACUGAUGAAUGCUUUCUUGUCCGAAGUAAGAGGGAAGCAUUUGAACUAUUCAAAGUUUUGGAAUGCUAAUCCCUCUGGACAAAGGCAGAUAAAGUUGUCAAGUAAAACUGGCAUGCUUCUCUUGUAUACUCCUGCUUUUCUAGCAGCUCUUGCAUCCUUCUGGAUCUAUCCUCAUGAAGGUGUCAGGUCCACUGUCCUUAAAUCUGCUGUUACUCUGCAUUACUUCAAAAGGGACUUUGAGGUUCUAUUUAUUCACAAAUAUAGUGGGGGCAUGCUUCUUGACUCUGCAAUCCUCAUCACUCUGAGUUAUUUCCAAUCAGCUGCAAUGAUGACCUAUGCUCAACACCUAACACAAGGGCUUCCAGAACCACCAAUCAAUCUAUUCUACCCUGGCACUGUGUUGUUUCUAGUUGGCAUCAUUGGAAACUUGUACCACCACUACCUUCUUUCCAAAUUAAGGGGAAAGGGUGAAAAGGAAUACAAGAUUCCAAAGGGUGGCAUGUUUGAGCUUGUGAUAUGUCCCCACUACCUUUUUGAGAUUAUGGUGUUUUGGGGGAUGUCCUUAAUUUCUCAGACACUAUAUUCAUUCACUUUUGCUGUGGGCACUACUUUCUACUUGCUUGGGAGGAGUUACUCAACUAGGAAAUGUAUCCAUCGCCGUCAGCAGUGACUAAUUUCCUCGCUACGUUGGAGGCAUUUCAAAGGGUGGGAUAGCUGGCCCCAAGAUUUAACACGGCUGCAUACACAAGGCAAGAUUCGAACUCCUGACCUUGCUUAAGUGUGGAUCAACCCCUACCGCUGAACCACACGCUUGGGGUUUAAAAACUGGUAAUUUAAUGUUGUUUUUCCUAAUUUUUAGGUUUAAUAAAUUCAUGCACAUGUGCUCACUGCCCAGGGAAUCUAAUUAGGUUUUUAGUUUUUUUCUUUGUAUAGUUGCUUUGUUGCUUUUUCUUUUCAAAUGUACUGGAGAAAAGAAAAUAGAGGAAAUGUAUAUAU